GUGAUGUCACGUUUCCAACAGACGUGGUUUGAUUUUUCUUCCUAUCAGUCAGAUCUUAUUGCCAGCUCACUUCCUCGUUUGUCCAAGAUGAUGUUCUGAUGGACCCUCCAUCGUAUGAGGAGGCUGGUCUUCAACAUUCUGCCGUGGACACAGAAGUAUACUACAUCCAUCCACCGCCUACCUACGAUGCCUCCCUCGCUUCAUACCCGGAUCCUCCGCCCACCUACAGACAAGCAGUCACAGAACAGCCAGGUUCCUUCCCUGUCCUGGCAAUACCCACAGUACCACCUGCUGUCACCAGACAUCUGCAGAGCUCAGUAACUGUAAUACACCCAUCAACACAAACAGUUACAGGACAGCCUCCAAGUGAAAGAUGUGUCUCAGUAGAAGAUCUACAAGACGAUCCUGAAUUUAUACGUUGCCCCCACUGCCAUUGUGUUGUUGAGACCAUGGUUAAAGCCAAACCUAAACCAGCAGCAUGGAUCUUAUGUUUCCUUCUCGCACUCCUCUCAGGCACAAUGUUAGUGAUAUGCGCCUUUCUGGUGUUAUCAGCUCCUAGGCUCCAAACUGUGCAACACUACUGCUCAGAUUGUAAACGGCAUGUGCACACAUACAGAAGAUGAUGCUACCAUGAUGAAAAACACACAUUGUUACAUAUAGAUGUAAAUGUGAUCGCUUAUCCAAAAUCAUCUCAUGCUCAUUUUUGUCCAGAUCUGUCCAGUACGUUAAGCCAAAAUUUUCAAACAAACACCAGGGGGGUGCUUGUCAUACUCUGUGAAGUCAAGACACGAUUUAAUACGCACCACUAUUUAAAAUUAACCACACUGUAAGAAAACAUUAAAACUCAGAAAAUGCAAUUUUAAGGCACCUUAUCAUUUCAAAUCUUUAAAAAAAGAUUUUUAAAAUUAAUUAAAACAUGACAAGGUAUAAAUAAGGAAACAACCUUGCCAAACCUUUUGUGGUAUAUUUCCCUUCAGGAAAUUGAAAGAACAAACAAAAGCACAUUUACACCUAAUACAUGUGUUUUCUGUACAUCAACAGUUUGAUGGUGCACGAUCCCAAAGCCCUGUACCAUUUGAGCCAUACCACGGAUAAUAAUUCUUCAGUUUCUGUCAGAUUUCUAUCAGUCUGUACAGAAAGUUGCAUCUUGCAAAUAACUUGAGACGUGAUAUGACAUCAUCCACAGAGGUACGUGAACACGGACAACCAAGCUUAAUGUAUACCCACAAUGUAUAACUUUUUAAAAAAUAUUGAAUUCAGUCCUUCAGGUAAUCUGGUCAGCAGGUCACAAUUUACUUACCCACUACUCUCCCACACCAAGAAGUACUAAGGUGCUUUGAAAGUGAGAUUUGUCGUAUGUUUUUGCUGAUAUCGCAUAGCUGCAGCUAUGUGUUAAGAGAAAUGUCCUUUGUUCUAUCAGCCAGCUUUCAAACUGAGAGUAUUGAGGCUUUUCAGGUUUCAAAUCUCGCAAACCUCAGAGAGGUCACCGUGCUGCAAGAUCUCAGUAACAUUGAGAACUGCAUUGAAACGCUCUGAUCACG